CACCCGGGUGACACCAGAGGUGACACUAGCGCCGUAGUGCUUCCAGCUGAGCCAGCUUGUCCCCGGGUUUGAUGGAGCUGUCAAUGUCAAACGAAGAUGCUCAGAUUUGUUGUUAUAACAUGAUGUGUACGAAAGCAUUUUAGGAUAAGGAUGUUACAUGUGCAUACAAUCCCAUAUGCGUUCAAGUUAAACAUUAUUUGUAUAUGUGGGAUUAAGGAAGAAAUCUGUAGGUAUAAAGAUUGUUAUUUGAUUGACUUACUCGAAGACUAAAAGAAUGUUAAUUUUACGGGUUUAAUAAAGAACACCUAAAGUAUUUACACCUUUAUUAUGUUGACACCUUGCAAAUCAGUGGAAAAUCGGCAAGAUGAUUUGUCAGCUGACGAGGACAUGUUGGAAAAUACCGAGCCUAACCUAAUUAGUUUCAGUUUGUCCACCUCCAGUUCCAAUUACACAGUCAGUGCGACAAAUUCCAGUCAACGUGAUGUGGAGGUAGAAUGCGUUUCAGGACACCAGUUGUCAUCUUUUGAACACUUCAGAACUUCGGGCGAAAUAAAAUUGCCGAUAACCGUUAUACCCUUAACGUCCCCAAUUGCAGAUCCACCAGAAACUAUCGUAAGUUCCUGUAGUGACAGUAGUGCAAACGCAAACUUAUUUACUGAGGGAACCUUUACAAAAUGUUCAAAAACUGAUAUUUUCUUAGAGAGUACUUCUGUUAAGAACAACAGCGUGAUUGUUCACAGUGGUGUAAGAUCAUCUUCAAUGUGCAGUUUGUAUGAGAAUUCUCUUCGUAAUGACAUGCCUCGAUUUGCAAGUCACCCUCAACUUAAUGCUCAUCUAGACUCAAAACGAUCAAUAUUAACACGCUCUUUAAGUUCUAUUACUUUGAAGCAGCGAAGUCAUGCUUAUGAUCAUGUUGAAAGCAAAGUAAAACAUUACAUCAAACAGUUAAAAAGGGAAAGAGUUGAAGCAAAUGAACAUCAAGAGGAGUCUGAAGUAAAUGUUCCACCUCCCAAAGAAGAUUCAGUUGUCAUCCAAUUGCAACAGGAAGUAGAGAAAUUGCAAAGCUACCUAGAAGAAAGAGACUUAUUGCUACAGGAAGUUCAAGCAAACUAUCAUUCACUUUUACUUCAAUACGGAGAAGCCAAGAAUAAACUGGAUCAACUACGAUUUACUUCUGCCACCCCUGAACAGGCAGCCAAGUCUGUUCAGACACAAUCUCAGUUAAAACCAUACCCAGAAACUUCUUUGGUUGAUCCUUACAAAACUGAUCAACUUAUUGUACUUGACAAAGUUGUUCAUGAAUCUGAUAAUCAGAUUAGUAGCCCAAAUAAAUGUACUUUGAGUAUAAUUAAAGAUGAAAAGGGGCAAAAGGAAAACAAUAAAAUUGGUCAAAAUACUGAAGUUACAGAUACAGAUAAUUUUAAAUUGGAUGUUGAAGCAAAAAGGAGCAAUGGUUUAUCAGAGGAAAAUAACACUUCAUAUUCUCCUGAUAUGGCUGCACUGAAGGUUUCCUCUUGGUUCUCUUCUCUGCCCUGGCAACUGCUACCUGUGCCCAGCUGCUACGGGAGCCUGGGAAGCAGUGGAAGCAUUUCUAAUCAGCUACUGGACUGUGCUCCAACCGUCUGCAUUGACAAAAAUGAAGAUGAGAAAGUGGGAGGAUCAUCUGAGCAGUUGUGGAUGAAAAAUUGCAACACGAGAGAUCAGCCUCUUGAGGAUCAUAAUGUGGUUGUAGCUGAGGGAGAGAAUUUGUGUUUCCCUCCGAUGGAGAAGUGCUAUUGUUGGACUUUAAAUAACAUCCAAGAUUGCCCUAUUUUGGAAGGAAAAUCCUCUGUGGAAUCAGUUAAAGAUGAAAUGAAUAAUGAUCCUAUGGAGGUCUUGUGUGUGCCCCCUCUUGAUUUGGAACGCUUGAAUAAUACCGCACUACCACAGGGCAGUAGUGUUUCAAAAAAUUUGUAUCUAAGUGAAGAUUCCUUGUCUUCUAUUUGUUCCCAGCAAUGUUCUUUUGAUGAGAAGUGCUCCUUUAAGCCAACAAGAGUUGCAAACCAGAUGUAUUUGGAGACACCCACUUCCUACAAAAGCAUUGCCAUCAAUCCUGGAAGAGCUGUAGAAGCAAAAGCCGAUGACAGGAGCAGUGUUGUUUCUCUAUGCAGAGAGCAACAAAGCUUUAGGAAAAAUGACCAUUAUUUAAAGUCAAGUAGCAUUAAAAGUAACCAAAAGGAAGGUAACUGGGAAAAAGUGAAUGAUCAACGACCUUGUUGUCUCAAGAAGAUUAUGCAGAGAUGCUGUGUUGAUGACAUUCACAUUUGCUAUCACUGGAAAAAAACACCAAAUCAUCAGUUGUUGAGGUGUGAACAGUGUGUGUUAAGGGAUUCUCUAAUACCUUCAGACUCACAGAUUCUUGGCAAUUUGGAGCAGUGUCUUGGCAAUAUGUCUGUCUGUGCUGAAGGUUUAAGGAAGAGGUCAGAAGCCAUAGAAAGCUUCCUCACUAAUCUCUUGGACAGUCAUUUGUAGUAUCUUUUAACCCACAUGAGAUGAUAAAAUAUGGGAAUACCAUCUUAGACAAAGAGAGCUAGACAAUGAUCAUAAUUAUAAUCUGUAAUUUGGGUUUGUUGCUAGGCUUAUUUUUAUUUUGAUGAUGUAAAAUUAAAUGCAUAUACCUUAUAUAUUUCAAAAAGAAUAUUUGUUUUGAGUGCAAAUUAUAUUAACUUUACUUUUAUUUUUAAAAUAUAGUUAAUGUUAUUUUGUUUUUCCCCACAUUUGAAAUGUGACUAUGAAAGUCUAAUUGUGUUUAUUCUAGAGAAUAAGCAUUUUUUACGUCAAAAUGUUCUAAGAUCAAUUAAGGUUAAUUCUUUUGUUUGUUUGAAGAAGUUCUACAAAAGAUAAAAGAACUAGAUUUUAUUAUUGUAGAGUAUUACAGUACAUGCAUUAUUUAAAGAUGAGAGUUAAUAUGAAGGUGGUAUGUUGUCAUUUCUUAGAGCAAAAAUUCCAAGGAGGUAGUUAUUGAAUAGUUGUAUGUGUCCAUUUCUAAAUGAGUUCAAGGCCAGACUCCCGCUAAACAAAUAUUAUUAUAUGAUUCUAAUCAUAUAAUAAUAUUACAUAAUAUAUUAUUAUGUUGUGUUUCUUAUUUUUUUUAUUUGAAGAUGUUCAAGAACAAGCGAUAAUCUCUCUCUGUAGAUGGAAUUUUGAAAUUUUAAUAAAUAUUCGUUAAUUUUCUCUCACAAUCUUCUUAAAUCAAUUUGUUCUAUGUAAAAUUAACUUUUAAAAUUUAGUCCAAUCUUAUAGGGCACUUUUAAGCACGUUGGUAAUAUUCAUUAUUACUUGAGUAUACCCUGUGCCAUGAACAUAUGCUCAUUUCUGUGAUUUAUGCAGUACAUUAUGGGGAAAAUUUUAAAAAAUUUAGAGGUUUUAAGAAAAAUGAGAUGUAAACUGUAUUUACAAGCUUACUUAGCUCUAUUCAAAACUUCAUCAACAAUUUUUUUAAAAACAUUUGCGGCCAUUUUCAAGAAAUUUUGAUUUGUCCUAUCAUUUGGGUGUUAUUUAAAGUACUCUGAAAAAUCAAAAAUCCAUUUCAAACGUGCAAGGCUUUGAGUUCAGCAAUUUGAAGGGAUUAGAAAUAAUUUUUACAGAGUCAAGGAACCCCCAAAAUGCAUCUUUUCUCAGAAUUUCAUUAUCAAGCUCGUUUUAUAACAUCACAUAACUUUUUCUAUACUCUGUGUAGUAUAAGGGAGAAUAAAAAGUACUUUUAAAUGCUAGUGGUGCAAACAUUUUAUUACUUGUUACUGAGAAAUUUUCGCCUACAACAGUUCAGAAAAUAUUAAGGUUUUGCCUUUUUGUUGAAUUAACAUAAAUUCAUCCAACAAAUAUAUUUAAUUUUUGAAAAUAUUGAUUUAAUGCCAGAAAAUUGCAGCUGUAUAGGUGAUACAUCUCAUUUGACUGAAGGUCUAGAUUGACCCAAUUAUGAGAUUAUUUUAAUUAAGGUGCCUUGUCACAAACUUGUGUUUCUGAAUCUGUCCCCAGGUGGUUCAAGAUUGCUUCUUGACUGCUAAUAAUUCAAAUAAGCAUUCCAUCCAUGUUUUGCUGAAAUGUCAAUAUUUUGGUAAAGUGAAAUAUUUCUACAAUAAUUGUUAUAACUGCUCAUUUUUGGAAAGUAAUUUGUAUCUAGUCUGCAGAUCACUAGUCAAUCAUUCAUAGUUGUUGGUUUUUUUUAACACUGUGAUAAUGUUGUAUUUACACUGCUGAAUAUUGUAAAAGAGGGCUUUUAUGAAAUAAAAUAUUUAUACCAAAUUUGUAGUUCGUUUUUUGAUGCAAA